AUGACCCAUAUUCAAUCACCGUCGUGGGCGCGGGUCCUCACCUUCGCCGUACUCUGCUCUGCGUUACUAUGGGUGGCCACUCUCCCGCGCGUCGCGGAUGCAGUUUCCCUCUCUUACGUGCUGAGUCAGAUCCGCGACGCCGCGACCCACACGGACGGCAAGCCCGCCGGCAUGACCGCGGGAGUGGUGGAGUUCGCUGCUCGAUACGACAAGGUCGAUGACAUUUCCGAUAGCUCGCUUCUUCUCCCCAUCAACGAGGGCUGGACUAGCGCACUCGCGGGUUACAAGGCCAAGAACCCGGCAGCGACAACCUCGUCGGACCCGGUGCUCGAGGCGCUCAGCACGGUGGUGUCGUCGUCGGGGUCCGUGUCGGCCCUCAACGCCAUGUCCGCCAACGGCAAGAACGCCAUGUCGCGCCUCGCCAAGUUCAUGGCGAUCCGCGGUACCAUCUCAACUACCGACAUGGCUAGUGGCAGCUACAAGAACGGGCGGUUCACCUUCGACACGGAGGUGAACCAGCCAAUGUAUCUCUACGCCAACGUCACUGGUGCCCUCGUAUACGCCAGCAUCGAGGGCUUGGAUCACGUCUUCACUGGGACCGACCGCGGCUCCGUCGACCCCACCACUUAUAAGAAGAAUGGGCUCAUGGCGGGGAGUGAUGAUGGAACGCCGAGAGCAGCCGCGGAUGUGCUGGUCGCUUUCAUCGUGCAAGCAGGUGUCGUCAGGAGCGGCUCGUAUACAAUCACGACGAGCGCGACGCCAACCUCUAACAUGACCGCAUUGUUUGUCACUGACGUGGCGUUCCCCGCCAACAUGGGCUCGCUUACCAGCUCCGACCCCGUGUCCACGUAUGGCAAAGAUGCUGGCAGGUUUGCCCUGUAUGGAAACUCACUGGCACUGGUUCUUUCUCUUAUUGUGGUGCUUGUGCUCGUUUAG